CAUACCGGCUAGUUCAUGAUUGGUCGGAUUUCGAAUCAAGUUGUGGAAGUUAUAACGUGCUCGAAUUGCGUUGCCUAUUGUUCGAAUUUCGUCUCGUUCUUGUAAGAGUGUUUUGAGUUUCUUCUUCAGUCGUUUUCCUUUCGAUCAGUGUCACUUAUUAGUAAUAGUAAUUGAUCUGCAUAAAUUUUUAUAUCUUGUUUGUUACUUUUCAUGUUUUAUUUUAAAAGUUGACAGUUCAGUUCAACGAAUAAUGUGUUUACAAAACAUUUGUUGUCUUACGAGAAUGCAUUGUCGGUGUUAAUCUUGAAGUCCAACUUUGAAAAUCACCUGACUUUUAUCCGUAAUCGCUUAUCGGAGUAGCUGAUUCACCAAGAUGAAGAUUGACGUUAAUGCAACGCUCACGCCGAUGCCUUCGGAUGUAAUGAUACCCGUUUUUGCGCCUAAGCCGAAAUUAUAUUUAAAACCAACGGAUCAAAUAGAUACAUGGCUAGAUACUCAAGGAUUUUAUCGUAAACAUAUUGCUCGCGAUGCUUCCAGCUUAUUUCGAUGUGUUUCCGAACAAAUUUUCUUAACUCAAGUUCAUCAUCUUACCGUUCGAAAGCAUUGUAUUCAAUUCGCCUUGAAUCAGCCAGAAGUUUUUAAACAGCUGACUAAUAUUCCUAUAAAAGAUUAUCUGGAUCGCUUGCAUAAUCAUGUACGGGGAUGGGGUAACGCUCUAGAUAUGGAAAUCAUUUCGCGAUUGUAUCGUGUGGAUUUUGCGAUGUAUAAAGAAAUCGAAAAACCGUUAAUCCAUGUUACUUCGAAUGGGAAUAGCGCUUUUAUUAUGUUGAGUUUAUCAUAUGACCAUCAUUACGACUCUGUCUAUCCUAAGCAACGUAUAACAAACGCAGCUAUUUGUCAGUCUAUUUUAUACGAAGUAUUGUACAAAGAGGUAUUUAAAUUGGAAGAAGUAGAUUUUGCUGUCAAUAAAAUGCUUCACGAUAAAACUGCUCGUUAUCAGUCGGAUAUUACUGCUGCUUUUUUCAGUACUGGGUUUCAAAUGAGAUUGGAAAUGAGAGAUAAUUGUAAAAAUGUUAAAGAUUUGUUAAAUUAUGGCAUUACUCCGUUUCCUUACAAAGUUGCCAAGUCCUUAGAUCCGAAUAUUUACCGUAAUGUCGAGUACGAUACGUGGAAUGAACAGAAAAAAAUUCGUCAUAAUGCGAUGUACUGGAACAGCAGUGAACUACAAGAAGGUACCAAGUGUUGGGUUAAUUUCAAAACUGAAAACGAAACAGUCAAAAGACAUGGUUAUAUUCAAAAAAUGUCUGCAAACAAAGGACCGGUUGAAGUAUUUAUUCAAGAAUUGGGAGAAAAAGUAACCGUACCUUACGAAAGUUUGGAAUUGAUUCAAAAUACCACAGAUAAUGUAUACGAUAUGUUUAGUGCAAUGAAAAUCAGUUCCGCCGGUAAACUCGAAGUUGAUGGUGGCAAACCGCCGUAUUCAAUGACGGAAGAAAAUAUCGAUAAUUCGAACAAAAUGACAGAUCGUUAUCAAUCCAAUUGUGUGUCGUCAAAUCCUGAGUUAUGUAAUGUUCAAUACAUGCAUCCGCCUUCAGCAACUGUCCCUACAACUUGCUACGCUUGCAUCUCGUCUCAUUGCUACCCUUCAAAUACCGAUAUGAAACCGAUGCAGCACCCCAAUCCUGUCGAAGAGCAUCCCAAGUACAAUCAGACUACGCAAUAUGCGAAUAAAAUUACGAACACCGCAGAGCAACCGAUACCAGUCGUUCAAUAUCCUAUGCCUGUGUAUUCAGUAAUACCGCAAGAUGUUGACGUUCAAUCGGUUCCGAAACAGACUUCAAAUCCUAGUGAACCAAAUGAUGUCGCUAAUACCUACCGUGUAUUUUGCAACAGUGACACUGAUCAAUAUUAUCGAUGUGGAUAUCCCGCUGUUCCUUAUUAUUUCAUUUCGCCGAAUUAUGUUUAUCCUUUGAACGCAGAACCGUCAGCUGGCAUUUCGCAAAACGCUGAUGUGCAAAGAAUACAAUUUUCACCGCCGGUUGUCAGUCAACACCAGAACGAAUUAGUUUAUGCCAUGCCUUUAAAUGCUUCGCCGAAUUCAAAAGUUGACGUCCCUGUGUACUCUCCUGUGAUAACCUAUCCUAAUGUAUCAACACUCAAGAAACCAUUAUCACGAAACAACAAUACCAACAAUACAGCAAACCCUACAGAGUCUCCGCCUUAUCGACCGCAAAAGGAGAUGAUCUAUUUCAAAGAACCACCUCCAGUGAAUACGAACGCUGUUAAUAUUCCUAAUAUUCCUCCGACAAAUAUACCUACGAAUAUUUAUCCGUAUUAUGGCAAUCCAUAUCCGUCGAUUACGCCUCCAUUAUUUUACCAUCCGAUCGAUUACAAUAGUUCUUGCUACCCAGCGUAUUCAGAAGUGCCAGCAUAUCCUGAAAACAUCACAUCGCCUACUUAUCAUGUACCUCAAAUAGUUCCUGUAGCUUACCCGGAAGAUAUAUAUCAGCAAAAUCGUCAAAUUAUUUGUCAACCUAUGCUGCCACCGAAUCAUAACUAAUGUUUGCUGUAUUACUAAUUCACGUUGUGCUAAUUUAAGGGUUAGUUAUUAAAUUAGGCAUUAUUUGAUUUCGAUCGUAAUUUCUAAAACCAUGC